CGGCAAGCCCACGGAGCGGGCGCCCGGCGCGGUCCCCGCUGGGCCUCCUCCGCGUGGCUCUCCAUCUUCCGCCCCCGACACUCAACCAGGUCGCCGUUACCUGGCCGAGGCUGAGCGCCGGCGAGCGGGAGAACCGGCCGGGCCGCCGAAGCGUGGGACGCGGCAAGCCCCCCCUCUGAUUGGCCUCGCGGCCGGACCCCCUCUUUCCGCCACUCUCAUUGGCCUAAACGGAGCUACAGCUGACGGGUCGUCCCGCCCCUGCGCUCUUCCUCUCGCACCGGGAGGGCGGCCCUCCCUGUCUCAGAGUUCUCAUUGGUCCGAGUCCGCCUUUGGAGGCGGGGCCGCACUGGGCGAAGACAACAAAGGGCGGCGGCGUCUCCCGUGCUCGGCUCGGCUGAGGCGUCCGGGCCUCCCGCCGGCCCCCGUUCCAGAUGAAGUGUGAGCGCUGCACGCGGAAGGAAUGUAGUAAAAAAACAAAAACUGAUGACCAAGAGAAUGUGCCCAUCGAUGCCCCAAGUCCAGUGGAGGAGAACGAAGAGAAGGGGGAAUUCCGUAAGUUGGCUGACGCCAAGGUGUAUCUGAGUGACUGUCUGGCACGUGACAGCUGUGUAACUCCUGAGGAAGGGGUCCAGCUUUCCCAGCAGAACGCCCAGGACUUCUUCCACGUUCUGCACCUUAAUAAGAAGUGCGAUGCCUCAAAGCACAGAGUGCUGGUCGUGUCUGUGUGUCCUCAGUCUCUGCCUUAUUUUGCUGCAAAAUUCAACCUCUGUGUCACUGAUGCAUCCAGAAGGCUCUGUGGCUUCCUCAAAAGUCUUGGGGUGCACUAUGUAUUUGACACAGCGAUAGCUGCAGAUUUCAGCAUCUUGGAGAGUCAGAAAGAAUUUGUGCGUCGAUACCGUCAGCACAGCAAGGAGCGGCGAGCACUGCCCAUGCUGACCUCUGCCUGUCCUGGCUGGGUCCGAUAUGCUGAGCGGGUGCUCGGCCACCCUGUCACCCCACACCUGUGCACUGCCAAGUCUCCCCAGCAGGUCAUGGGCUCCCUGGUGAAGGACUACUUUGCCAGACAGAAGAACCUGCCUCCAGAGAAGAUUUUCCACGUUGUCGUGGCCCCUUGCUAUGACAAGAAGCUGGAGGCUCUUGGAGACGGCUUCUCCGCGGAUUUGCAUGAUGCCCGGGGCACUGACUGUGUGCUGACAUCAGGUGAAGUCGCUCAGAUCAUGGAGCAAAGUGGCCUGCCAGUGAGGGAUGCGGCUGUGGACACCCUGUUCGGAGACGGGAAGGAGGCCGUGGUACGGCGCCAUGAUGGAGCAGGCUCAGAUGGGCAUCUGGCCCAUGUCUUCAGACAUGCCGCCAAGGAGCUGUUUGGGGAGCACGUGGAGGAGAUCGCCUACCGCGCACUGAGAAACAAAGACUUCCGUGAAGUCACCCUGGAGAAGAGUGGCGAGGUCCUACUGCGCUUUGCUGCAGCAUAUGGCUUCCGGAACAUCCAGAACAUCAUCCUGAAGCUCAAGAAGGACAAGUUCCCAUACCACUUUGUGGAAGUCCUCGCAUGUCCCAGAGGGUGCUUGAAUGGUAGGGGCCAAGCACAGACUGAGGACGGACAUGCGGACAAGGCCCUGCUUCGGCAGAUGGAGGGCAUCUACUCUGACAUCCCCGUGUGGGCCCCGGAGAGCAGUGCGCACGUGCAGGAGCUGUACCAGGAGUGGCUGGAGGGCACCGACUCUCCCCGAGCGCAGCAGGUGCUGCACACCACCCACCAGAGCCUGGAGCCCUGCGCAGACACCCUGGAUAUGAAGUGGUGACCACCAGGGGGAUGGCCAGGCCCGCUCCAGUUGGGCUUGCUGGCCACUUUGGUGUUCAGAGCUCCGCGUGGCGCUAUCUUUGUAGUGUGGGGGGGAGUAGAGUGUCGGCACUGGCACUGGGAAGUGCUUCCCUCAUCUACCCUCUCAUCCUACAAUUGGGAGUGAGCAGAGACCGACCAUUGUCUUUUAGGUGUAAAAAGGCCCAGAAAAGUUCCUGGAAGAGUUAUGCCCUAGUUGAGACUCAGUGCCUCAGACAGUUGCUCGAACAGCGGAAGGCACGG